CAGCUUGUUUUCAUGUUACUUUUCAUGUCACGCGCUCUUCGUUCCUUCGUUUGCUUUAAAUUUUAGCGCCAAAGAGGUCGAAAGAGGAAAGGAUUUGGGAAAAAGGGAUGUCACGUGUCUGACGGGCCUGCUUUCUCUCCAGCACCUACUAAAUUCUCUCGUACGUUUUUGUCUUUUUUGUCAUCACUGCGUUUUGACCGUUUUUCACUCAAUUCCAGAGCUUACAACACGCUUCUGCCUGUAUGUUAAAGAGGAAUUCCGAGAAUUUAACCUUGAAAUGAGAGAAUGACAAUCGCACUCAUCUAAAACCCUCCCGCCAACGAGAAUUUCGCAUCAAAGGCGCAUCUUAUGUUAUAAGCAACACAAAAGCUAUUGUCAAACAUGAGUAUAUCACAGUUAAAUCAAGAAAAUAGCAGUAAUUUGUGAGAAAAAUAAAGUCCGAAAAGAUAUGCGGACAACACGCAUACAGCUACUGUAACGAUAUUAACCCCAGUUUCACAACGGUCUUAAAGCAAUUUUUACCUUAAGACAAAUCUCGUGAACUCGUUGUAGGGUGUAUUUGAAAAGAAGUCUAAAGCAAGUCAAAUUUAAGUAAUACUUCUCAUGCUCUAUUUUUACCAACUGAACUAGUUUCACUAAAUUCGGUUGUUUUUCUCAUUUGUCGAUUACGCUUUCCAGUCAUCUUGAGAAGACAAAUUUAAAUCAAACCGGAUUUUACAUUGUUUAGUUGUGGGGGGCACACGAUAUGAACAACUAAUUUUUAACCUUCUUUAGUUAAACCACUUUUAAAUAGGCUUUAUUCGUUGGUGUAAACUUAGUUUAAAUCAGUAAUAAAACAUAAAAUAAAAUAUUUUCUGGGGAUUAUCAGAUUCUGUAGAUUUGCCGAGGCAUGUAGAAACGAUUAAGAAAAAAUUAGGGAAAGGGUAUAAAAGCGCCUGGUAUCGCAUUCACUGUUCAUUUGGAGUGUUCUCCUUUCGCUUCUUGCUCGAAAGUAUGAGGAAGAUUUUUCUGGUUGUUCUCGUUGUCUCUGUCUGUUUGUCUACCCUGGUGGAUCUCUCGUCGGGGUGGAGCGGCAGCCGAAGACGACGACGCCGCCGAUAUGUAACGCCAAGCCAAAGACGCCGGAGAUCUUGCUCUCCACAAAAUUGUUCUUACUACUGGUAUUCAUACGGUAGUUGUUCGCGGUCAUGCGGUGGAGGAAGUCAAAAUCAAAGAGUUAUCAUCAUAAGAUAUUCCAGUUGCGGUGGUACACCGUGCCCGUAUAGCCGCUACAGAACUACUUCGUGUAACACGCAUUGCUGUCGUGUUGACUGCGCGUGGUCUUGGAACUCCUGGAGUCCUUGCAAGGGAUGCGGCAUGUCGAGACAAACCAGAACGAUGCGUAUUACACGAAACCCAAGCUGUGGAGGAACAAUGUGUCCCUUUAUUCGAAGCCAAACGCAAAACUGCAACACUGGCGUAUGCUGCCCAGUGAAUUGUGUGGUCAGGCCCUGGUCAUCUUGGGGAAGUUGUAACGCGGCAUGUGAAAAAACUGGCAACCGAGCUCGCAGCCGGACAAUUACAACCCACCCCUCAUGCAAAGGUACUCCGUGUCCAACACUAAAGGAAACCAAGUCAUGUCAAGGACCCUGCUGUCCAAGAGACUGCCAGGUGAGUAGAACAAUGCACAUAUGUAGUCUACUUCUUCGCUGGUGCUCAGCGACUUGUCAGGUAAAUAUAUUCGCCGAACUACACAAAAGAAUGGAAUUUGCGAGUGCCGAACAAAAUUCCUGUAUAUAUUGUGACAGCAUUGCGUAAAUUUAAAUUCUCUAACUCGUUUCGAAAUGCCGAAGACACUACCCGUUGGCCCCUUUACGUGAAUUAUCGGGCACGAGUCACAUUUAUCUUAUCCUCUGCUUAAUUAAGGAAACGAUAGCGUGCUCUAAACAGU